AUGUACCUCCUUCCUCCCUUCUGGUUCUGCUGCUGUCUGCUCCUCCUCUCCUUCCCAGAGGUCCAGGGGACCCCAGAAGAUCUCAGAGUCACCCCUGAGCAAGUCCAUCUGUCCUAUCCAGAUGAGCCUGGCACCAUGACUGUAACCUGGACCACCUGGACCCCUACCCGCUCAGAGGUGCAGUUUGGGAGGCAGCUUGCAGGGCCGCUGCUGCUCCGGGCUCUGGGCACAGCCAGCCCCUUUGUGGACGGGGGCAUUCUCCGCCGGAAGCUCUACAUCCACCGGGUCACGCUGCGCGGGCUGCUGCCCGGGGUUCAGUAUGUUUACCGUUGUGGCAGUGCCCAGGGCUGGAGCCGUCGAUUCCGCUUCAGGACACUAAAGAAAGGCCCCCACUGGAGCCCCCAUCUGGUUGUCUUUGGGGAUCUGGGGGUUGACAACCCAAAGGCUCUUCCCCGGCUGCGCAGGGAUAUCCAGCAGGGCAUGUACGAUGCUCUUCUUCAUGUGGGAGACUUUGCCUACAAUAUGGAUGAGGACAAUGCUCGAGUUGGGGACAAGUUCAUGAGGCUCAUUGAGCCUGUGGCUGCGAGCCUGCCAUAUAUGACGUGUCCUGGGAACCAUGAAGAACGCUACAAUUUCUCCAACUAUAAGGCUCGCUUCAGCAUGCCGGGAAACACAGAAGGCCUUUGGUACAGCUGGGAUCUGGGUCCGGCCCACAUCAUCUCUUUCUCUACUGAAGUCUACUUCUUCCUCCAUUAUGGCUACCAGCUGGUAGAGAAACAGUUCCGCUGGUUAGAGAGUGACCUCCAGAAAGCAAACCAUAAUAGGGCAGUCCGGCCAUGGAUCAUAACUAUGGGCCACAGGCCCAUGUAUUGCUCCAACGCUGACCUGGACGACUGUACGCGGCAUGAGAGCAAGGUUCGCAAAGGCCUCUUUGGACGCUUAUAUGGGCUGGAGGAUCUGUUCUAUAGAUACGGGGUCGACCUGCAGCUGUGGGCUCAUGAGCAUUCAUAUGAACGCCUGUGGCCAAUUUAUGACUACCAGGUGUACAAUGGUAGCCGAGCGACGCCCUACACCAACCCUCGUGGCCCUGUCCACAUCAUCACAGGAUCUGCUGGCUGUGAGGAGCGGCUGACUUCCUUUUCCCUCUUCCCUCGACCCUGGAGCGCUGUGCGCGUGAAGGAAUAUGGAUACACACGACUCCACAUCCUCAACGGGACCCACGUCCACAUCCAGCAGGUUUCCGAUGACCAGGAUGGCAAGAUCGUGGAUGACUUCUGGAUGGUGAGACCCCUGCACAACCGGAUGAUGUACCUCUCGGGAUGA